UUACCGUUUGGGUUGUGGCUACGCACUUGUUACCGUAGAGCGUGUUAGCAUAGCAUAGCACAGCACAGCAGCACGGCCCGGCACGGCACAGCACGUGAAAAAGUACCUAAUUUGACAACUUGGACAAACCGGAGUUGACUUCACCGGACACGGCUUAGUUGACCGACUCAUGGCUAAAGUACACGGCGGCACGUCUGGCUGUAGGGCUUUCGUAAUGGCUGGUCAAUUCUUGUCAAAGCCGGCGACGCCGCUCACUCAGCCCCAGCAGAACACCAGUCAGCGGAAACUCGCCAAAAUACAGCGGCGCAUGCUGUCAGUCACCCCCGCUGUACAGGUCAACAAGACUCCCAUUCAGAACCAGCUAGACGCGGCCAGCUUCAUCCCGCCUACCGAGCGCGGUGCGUGGUCGAACCGCCAGCUGGUCUACCGGGACGUCAAAGCGUUUCUAAAUGAAGUCGGCGGGGAUCCGCGAGAGGCUCGUUACUGGCUGACGCAAUUUCAGAGGGCUCAUGUGUGUAAAACGCCUGCUUUCGCCGUUCUGGAGAUCGACUCGUCAGUGUUUAAGAGCUAUGAGAUGGUGCAGAGUUUGGCGUUCGGCUUGUCUUUCCUGCAGCGCAUGGACAUGAAGACCGUGGUGGUAAUGGGGCUUCCUCCUGAGAUGAUGAAAGAAAACUGUGUACCUGAUGGCCCUGUUUCCUCUGACUCCAGGGCUUUACUGAUUAAAUAUUGCCAAGCUCUUUCUGAGGCCUUGCAGCACAGCUCGGCCAGUGUCAUUCCUUUCUUUAGUGCAGAGUCAAUGCUGCGACUUCAGGAGCCUCAACACAGCAGCAGCAGUGCUGCCUCCAUCGUGGUAGACACAACCCUGCUGCAGUGGAGUCUGGACUGCGGUGCCAUUCCCCUGGUCUGCCCUGUGGGCAGUGAUGCAACCGGCUGCUCCACUCUCCUCAAUUCAGUCGAUGUCACCGUAGCCAUCUCCCGAGCACUCCAGCCCAUCAAAGUCAUGUUCCUCAACAGCUGGGGCGGCCUCCGCAACCAGAACCUAAAGGUGCUAGGUACUGUGACUCUGCCGAGUGACCUGCCGCUGUUGUCCACCGCUGAGUGGCUGUGUGUGCUGGAGCGCAGGCAGGUCAGCGCUAUCGCUCACCUCCUCAACCAGCUCUCUCCUGAGAGCUCAGCAGUCAUCACAUCAGCUAACACACUGCUCACCGAGCUCUUCAGUCAUAAAGGUGCUGGCACCAUGUUCAAAAAUGGAGAUCCCAUUCACAAGUACAGCAGCCUUGAAGGCAUAGACAUGGACCGUCUCUUGGCUCUGAUUAACAAAUCUUUUGGGAAGUCGCUAAAGGAAGACUACAUCAGCUCUAUUAAGGACAGACUUCAUUCCAUCUAUCUGUCUGAGGGGUACAGCGCAGCAGCCAUCAUCACCUCUGAGCCAGUCAGCAGUGGGGUUCUGUAUCUGGAUAAGUUUGUGGUGAGUGACAAUAAACAGGGCCAAGGCACGGGUCAGAUCCUCUGGGAGUGUAUUCGCCAAGACGUGGGCAAGCUCUUCUGGAGAUCCUGUGCCAGUAAUCGCAUCAAUUCUUGGUACUUCAAGCACUGUGAUGGCAGCUUUGUGAACGGCCGCUGGAUCGUGUUCUGGUUAGGCCUGUCCGAUAUACGUGAGUCAUUCGAGCUGAUAGAAUAUGCCAAGCAGCUCCCAGAUUCAUUCUGCCAAAACUCCGAGAGUGAUGCAUCUAUCCAUCAGACACCAGCUGGGUCUUAAACACUACUACUGCAUGUCACACCCUGGAUUUCAGCAUAGGCAUGCCUCUGUGCCUUUCACAUUAAACUAAUGUAUGCCAUUGGUUUCAAAGCUUGGGGUUGGUGAGAGUGGCUCCCUAUUUGUGUUUGCUAGUUUUCAUUCUGAUUUGGCUUUAGAUGAAGUUCUGACAAUUCUCUUGCACAGCAGACAUACAGGUCUUUAUACCGGAAGUUCAGUUGGAAUUUCAGAACAUUAAAAUUCCCCAUUAUAAAUGUUUACAGCAUAAUCUCCAGCAGAUGUUCAGUGGUAAACCGUGGAACUGUUGCACUUAGGUUAUUUUUUAUUCUAUUAUUAAAGCCUACUUUAUAGCUAUUUCUUAGGAUUGACUAUUAUUUAAGUCAUUAAUUUUGAUCAACACCAUUACAUAGUCUGUUAACCAGGCUUGCCAGUAAUGUAGGUCUCUGAUUACAGAGCAUUGUUGUUAAAUAAUACAUUCAUAAUUAUGGCUGGGGAAAUUUACCUGAUUUGUUUACAUUAGUCAUUGUGAGCCAUACUGUAUUGCGAUGCACACUUAAUUUAGAUGUUAGAUUUCCUGAAUUUAAAUUGCUGCAAUUUUGCUGUUUGACUUUUCACAUGUGAAACUGGAGAUAAUCGAGGACCUUUUGCAUUCACAUUUUGCAAGUAAUUAACUAAUAUAUUUGAAUAUUAUAUUUGAAUUUUACUAAGGCUUAGGGAACACUGUGGAGUUGUGUGUGAAUAAGUUUAAAUUGCAUUAAAACCCUCUAGGUUUUACAUGAA